AUGAGUGACCUGGUGGCACCGACGCCCGCAAGGGCAGGCGAAGCUCCCGGCGUUGCAGCAGCAGCAGCUGCUGCCGGGGCCGUCGGAGGCGGUGCUCGUCCGGCGGUGGCGGAGCUUGCGGGUGAAACGGCGUCGCCCCCUCCGGCCACCUUCACGGCGGUGAUCAACAUCAAGUGUCCGGAUCAGACGGGAGUGGUGGCUGCUGUGGCGCACCUGCUUCACGGGUACGGCAUCAAUAUCGUGGAAACUGACCAGUUCACCGACCCCAGUUCGGCCGUGUACUUCCAGCGGUUGAAGGUCGACUACACUCUGAUGACCAUCGGUGCCGCGAACACCGGGGUGAUGGAGCAAGCCCUACGAGAGCUAGCCGGGCGGUACAAGAUGGAGUGGUCCAUCACAUACCGCAACAGAAAACAGAAGGUGGCUAUCCUGGUUUCCAAGGAUGACCACUGUCUGUACGACCUUCUCAUCAGACACCGAAGCGGGGAGCUGGACUGCGUAGUGUCGACCAUCAUCAGCAAUCACGAUAAGCUGAGGAACGUGGCGGAUAUGUUCGGCGUCCCGUUUGUGCACCUGCCGAUACCCCCGAAGGAUCAGGGAGGAAAGCGGGUGCAGGAGAUUCAGAUCGAAGAGAUCCUGGAGAAGGAGUCGAUCGACCUCGUGGUCUUGGCGAGGUACAUGCAGAUUCUCACCAAGGACUUUUGCGACAAGCACUGGCAGCACACCAUCAACAUCCACCACAGCUUUUUGCCGGCCUUCAUGGGCGCCAAGCCGUACCACAAGGCUCACGCACGCGGGGUGAAGAUCAUCGGUGCUACCGCCCACUACGCCACGACGGACUUGGACGCAGGCCCCAUCAUCGAACAGGACGUUACGCGUAUCAGCCACAGCGACUCUGUGGCGGACAUGAUUCGCAAAGGCAGAGAUCUGGAGAGGCUGGUGCUGGCGAGGGCUGUGCGUUGGCACCUGGCGAGCGCCGUCCUAGUGGAGGGGAACAAAACGGUCGUCUUCAUGUCGUGA